AUGGCGGAGCAUCUCGCGCGAAUCAUUGGAACGGAGGAGGACAGAGUCAACUGCCCAUUCUACUGGAAGAUUGGGGCCUGCCGUCACGGCGACCAGUGCUCAAGGUCCCACUACAAGCCGUCGUCUUCACCAACCAUCGUCCUCCGACAUAUGUAUCCAAACCCUCCUGUGGCGAUCGCCAUUGCAGAAGGUCAAAACGUCUCUGAUGAGCUUCUGGAUGAAGCUGCAGAUCACUUUGAAGCGUUUUUCUCGGAGGUUUUCGAGGAGUUGUACAAGUACGGCGAGGUCGAAGAUAUGGUCGUCUGCGAUAAUAUUGGCGAUCACAUCAUUGGAAAUGUUUAUGUGAAGUAUUCCGACGACGAUGCAGCAAAAAAGGCGCUUUCCGCUCUUCAGGGACGUUAUUAUGCUGGAAAGCCUAUUCAGGCUGAGUUUACACCAGUUACUGACUUCAGAGAGGCCCGUUGCCGUCAGUUCGUAGAUGCUCAUCGAGCAUUCACCGGCCUGAACGGAGGACCAGUGAAGAACGACGUGCCAUGA